ACUUGAAGGGUCAUGCAGGCGUAGACGUACUCUCUUGUGGUGCUUUGAUAAACUAUAUAAAGAGUGAAUAUCUUCCUUUACUGACAGUCAUCAGCUGGUUGUUCUUCUCUGUGUCGGCCAAUCAUCACCUCAGCAAAGAUGGCAUCAGGCUUUCCGUUUGCUUUGUUACUCUGUUUGUCCAUCGGACUGUUGGCUCCAUCCUGUUAUGGACAAACCUGCCCAGGUUCCUGCCCUCCUGGUUGGACUCAGUUCGGCUCUCGCUGUUUCAGCUUCAACUUCCAGGGAAAGAGUUGGACCGAUGCAGAGAACUUCUGCAAGUCUGAUGGUGGGAAUCUGGCUUCAGUCCACUCAGAAGAGGAACAAUUAUUCCUCAGAGACUUCAUUAAGAAAGUGACCGGUGAAGCCAAAUGGGCCUGGAUCGGAGGCUUUGACUCAGUGCAGGAGGGCCUGUGGAUGUGGUCUGAUGGAUCCAUAUUCGACUACAAAAGCUGGGCUUCGGGGCAGCCUGACAACGCCGACGGAAUUGAGCACUGUCUUCACAUGAACUUUCAGGGAGACAACUGGAACGACACGCCGUGCAGCAGACUAUUGCCUUUCCUGUGCUCCAAGAACCUGUGAGGCCUCCCGCCAUCAUGAUCUCACUACAGCUCAUCUAUAAUCUCUUUCAUUGAUUCACUUUCAGUUUGUUGUGCAGACAGAAACAGCUCUCUGCUGACAGACUCACUUUCUCUUGUUUAUUAUCUGAAGAGUUAGGAAACGGUUCACAUUUGAGUUUUAACAGAAGGAAACAGACUCUCUGAGCUGGACAAAAACAUAAUCAGUUAUUGGACUUUUAAUCUAGUAUAUAACACAAAAUGAAAUACAGAAAACAUUCAAAUACAUCUUUUCCAUUUUAGUUUACUGAAUAUUGUCUGUCAGCUCUGUCUAAAGGUAACAACAUCCACCUACCAGACAUCAGUGGUGACGAUCUUCACUUCAAAAUGUCCAAAUAGAAAUUAAAAUCCAAAUGUUGUCUGAACGUUCUGUGAUACAAUAGGAGUUUCUGGUGUUGAUUGGGUUCUUUAUUCAUCUGUUUUCCUUCACUUUAUAAUCAAUAAGCAUAAAAAUAAAAGACAUGUUGUC